GGUGACAUUCAGGGACGUGGCCGUGGUCUUUAGCAAGGAGGAGCUGGAGCUGCUGGACGCUGCCCAGAGGAAGCUGUACCGCGACGUGAUGCUGGAGACCUUCAGGACGCUGCUCUCGCGCAGGAGCCCUUCAAACCAGGGCUGAUAGCCCAGCUGGAGAAGGAAGAGAAGCUUUGCAUGGUGGAGGCCCCAGGACGUGGACUCCCAGGAAGCAAGGGUGGACAUGCUGUGGAAUUAAACUCCUGUUGUCCCAGAGCAUUCUCCUCCUGUCAGACCUGGCCAGGAGGUGCAGGCUUGUUACCCAGGGGUCAGGAUUCCAUGAGAAGAUGUCCAGAGGGAAACACCGAGUCUCAGAACCAAGGAGAUUGUCCUUGCCUGGUGUGCGCAGGCAUGCCGGUUCAGAUUUCUGAAGACGGGAACUACGUGUGGCCUCCUGUAGAUGAUGACGCUGCCUCUAUGAAAAAUCAAGGGUUUCCUUCGCUGAGAGCCAAGCAGUUCUGGUGGGAAUCAUAUCUCCAUGGAGCGUGUAAUUGCCAAUGGGAAGGUCAGCAAAUGUCCAGGAGAAAUCACUUCUGCAGGUGUGAGGGCAUCAGGUGGUUCUCAUACCACAGGGACAGUGAGGGGUUACACAGAAAGCAGGGAAGCUGUAGUGUCCAUGACAACGGAGAAGAGACCAUGACAGUAUCGUCGUUAAAGCAGGACUUGGUUAGGUUAGGGCCUGAGCCCUGCCCAUGUACUGAGGCUGGAAAAGCCUGGGGCCAUGGUCACAGUGAGGACCACAGCUCUGUCACACAGCAGCAAUUCCACUCCAGAGGGAAGCCCUGUGCACACAGUCCGUGUGGAAAGGGCCGUGGUGACGGCUCAGCUCGUCACAGUCAUCAGAGUGUGGAGACAGGAGCUGAGGGUGCUGCUGAGAGCCCUCCUGUGCGUUCCCCUCCGAGAGAGUGUCCAGAGUGCGCCCUGUGCCAGUGCAGUGAGAACGUCCACCGCGGCUCCCCUCCUCACCCUUGUGGAUGUGCCCACCCAGCUGAUGCCUCCCGGAAGUGCAGCAUCCCUGAGAAAACCCUGGACUGCUGUUUACACUGUGGUAGCAAUUUUAGGGCCCACACUAGGGAAGAGCCCAACAAGUAUGAGGAGAAUGGGAAUGUUUCUAAUCAGAGUUCGUAUCUCCAAGUCAAUGGGAACACCCAUGCUGAAGAGAAACUAUAUCCAGGUGUGGAGGGUAGGAAAGAUUUCACACGUUGUUCAAGUUUUCACCCUCAUCACAGAGUCCAUGUGGAAGAGACUCUCUGUAACUCUGAGUGUGGUAACCACUUCAGGCUGCCCCCACAUUUCCAGGACUUCCCAGCCGUGCAUCCCAGGGAGCAGCCUCCUAAACAUUCACGCAGCUUUGGUCAAAGUUUGCGUGUUCAAGGCCAUCAGCAACUUCACAUCAGAGAGAAACCUUUUACUAGAGAGGGUAGGAAUGGUUGUAGCUGGAGUUCCAGCCCCAAAGAUCAUCAGAAACAGAAGCCACACAAAUGCAACACCUGUGGGAAAGGCUUCAGUCACAGAUGGGUGCUUAACAUUCACCAGAGAGUGCACACGGGAGAGAAACCAUACAAGUGUGAGGAGUGUGGGAAGGAGUUCAGCCAGAGUGCCUACCUGCAUGCCCACCAGAGAGUUCACACUGGGGAGAAGCCGUACAAGUGUGAGGAGUGUGGGAAGUCCUUCAGUCGGAGUUUCUACCUGCAAGGCCACCAGAGAGUUCACACCGGGGAGAAACCGUACAAGUGUGAGGAGUGUGGGAAGUCCUUCAGUCGGAGUUUCUACCUGCAUGCCCACCAGAGAGUUCACACUGGGGAGAAGCCGUACAAGUGUGAGGAGUGUGGGAAGGGCUUCAGUCGGAAUUCCUACCUGCAAGGCCACCAGAGAGUUCACUCUGGGGAGAAACCGUACAAGUGUGAGGAGUGUGGGAAGGGCUUCAGUUGGAGUUUUAAUCUUCAGAUUCAUCAGCGGGUUCACACAGGAGAAAAGCCCUAUAAAUGUGGAGAAUGUGGCAAAGGCUUCAGCAAGGCUUCAACUCUCCUGGCGCAUGAGAGAGUCCACACGGGAGAGAAGCCUUACCAGUGUGAUGAGUGUGGGAAGGGCUUCAGUCAGAAAUCAUACCUUCUAAGUCACCAGAGUGUUCAUUCUGGAGAGAGACCAUAUGCAUGUGAGGUGUGUGGGAACGGCUUCAGUCAGAGAGCGUAUCUACAAGGUCACCAUAGCGUCCAUACCAGAGUAAAGCCAUACACAUGCGAGGUGUGUGGGAAAGGCUUCAGCUAGAGUUCCCGCCUGCAAGUUCAUCACAGGGUCCACAUGGUGAGGAAACCAUACGCAUGUGGGAAGUGCACCAAGGGAUUCAGUGAGAGUUCCCGCCUCCAAGCCCAUCAGAGGACCCACACAGAAGGAAGACCCUACAAGUGUGAACAGUGGGGUGAGAGCUUCAGUGGGUUUUCCACUCUCCAGGCCCAUCAGAGGGUCCACACUGGGGAGAAGCCAUACAAAUGUGAGGUGUGUGGGAAGGACUUCAGCCAGAGGUCAAAUCUUCAAGCUCAUCAGAGAGUCCAUACGGGAGAGAAACCCUACACGUGUGAUGUGUGUGGUAAGGGUUUCCGUUGGAGUUCAGGCCUUCUGAUCCAUCAAAGAGUCCAUAGCAGCUAUAAGUUCUGUAGGAGGGAGGACUGUAGGAAUAGUCAUUCUUCUGAUAAUCUACGCAGAACUGAAGG